UUUGCUUUAUUUACUGGUUAAUGCUGUCUGACACGAAAAAGAAUGUGUGAAAAAUGUUAUUUUUGGGCAAUUUUACAUUUGGAAAGGAUGUUUCAACGUAGGUUUUGUCAUAUUUAAACACUGAUAUAUUUAAUAUUUAAAUAUAUAUUCAAAGGAUGACCUUUGAAUAGGACGUGCCUUCGAUUCGACAAAGCACGAGUGUCUCCACAGAGAGCAGUGUUGCACUGUUUUAGCAGGAAGACAACAAGAGCGGGUGGGAAUUAAGCAUUUUUGUCCCGUGUAAUGAACAUGAGCUACUCGUCGUCGUUCAGACUGAAGUUAUGACUUUAAUAUGGCUGAUAAGGGCCCACUUUUAACUUCAUGUGUCAUUUUCUACCUGUCGAUCGGGGCCGCGAUAUUCCAGAUUCUCGAGGAGCCAAACUGGAUGUCGGCCAGAGACAAAUACAUCCUCCAGAGAGAAAACUUAUUAAACAAGUUUUCCUGCUUGACCAAAGAGGAUCUGGAUGAGAUCCUGGAGAUUGUGUCGGAGGCUGCGGGUGAAGGUGUGACCAUCACUGGUGACAAAUAUCACAACUCCUGGGACUGGGCCAACUCUGUCAUUUUUGCUGCCACCAUUGUCACCACCAUAGGUUAUGGCAACGUUGCCCCAAAGACUAAAGGUGGCCGUGUGUUCUGCAUCCUGUACGGUCUGUGUGGGAUCCCACUGUGUCUGGUAUGGAUUAGUGAACUGGGAUCAUUCUUUGGGGACAGGGCUAAGCGUCUGUCCCAGGUUCUGCUCCGUAGAAAUAUUUCAGUGAAAAAAGUCCAAUUCAUCUGCACGGCUUUGUUCCUUUUAUGGGGGCUGUUUGUGCACCUAGUGAUCCCCCCGUUUGUUUUCAUGUCUCUGGAAGGAUGGAGUUACCUGGAAGGCAUCUACUUUUCUUUCAUCACACUCACAACGGUUGGUUUUGGGGAUUAUGUGGCAGGUGUAAAUCCCAACAUAGAAUACCCCCCUCUGUACAGAGUAUUUGCAGAGAUAUGGAUCUACAUGGGUCUGGCCUGGCUGUCUCUUUUUUUCAGCUGGAAUGUCCACAUGGUAGUGAAAGCUCACGAAGUGUUUAGGAAAAGGAGACACAGACACAGACAGUUAAACGAUGAGGAGCCCCUACAAGAAGGAGGAAACAAGGAAUUACCUAAUAUCAAGCAGUCCGUUAUUGACAUCUUCAACUUCCUGUCUGAGCAGGAGGACGGCGACUACAGCACCGUCAUCAAAGAGAUUGGCAUCAUGGCAAAACAUAAAAAGCCUGUUGACAAAAUAAAUCGCUCUCAGAGUUGCAACGACUUGGACAUCCAGACCCUGGAUCAUUCACCUGGACAGAAGAACAUCACCAGUGUCUUUGACCUGUUCAAGAACCCACAGGCCGACGAGAACAAAGCGGAUCAAAGGAAGCAAACGAGCACAAGAGCAGAAUUCCCGAGGACAGAUAACUUGAAGAGCAAGGACAGCGGUGCAUCCGAGGCAGAAAAUGGCGGCAUUGUCGUCACUGUGCCUGUCAACGAUGCUGCAGAAGAACAAAGUGUGCAGCAUCCUGACGGAGGAGAGACUAGGUUUAAAAUACUCAAGGUAAAUGAAAAUGUGUUAACAGACCAGGAUGAAAAGGGUUAAAUCUUCCUUUCGAGAUGGUUCUUCAAAUUUACCAACACUGUGGAGCCAGUUAGAGGAAAGGGCAGUUGUUUUUAAAAUCAUACUAGAACUGUCAAGAAUUAAGGAAAUUGCUUUAUAUCAAUUUAUGCAAAUCAAGGCUGGGCUGUCAAACAGUUUCCUAGCAGGGCAGACCCAGGAUUUUAUUUAUGAUUACUGUUUGUGUCUAUGACUUGGUUUUGCUCUUUUACUUGGUAUUUCUAGUAUGACAUUGUUUUACUGUAGACUGUCUCCUUGUAAAACGGAUGCAUGAUGAAUACCGUUCAAGGGGCGAUAACCGACUGUGAUUAAAAAGAUUUGAAUAAUGAUCCACCUUCUGAAAUGAACAUCAGUGUAACAGCAAUAAAGUAAAAAUCCAUGAAUCCAUAAAA